AUGGUCCUGGGGAUCGUUACCGCAAUCGCAGCUUGUCCUGCAAUCAUUGGCACCACCGAAGCGGUCCGCCAAGGUCAAAAAAAGUCCGCCAAAGAACAGCACAGAGGUGUGAAGUCGAACCUCGUUGUGUCUUGCCGCAGUUCAUCGAGAGUUACGAGCCAGAUAAACGGGGGAAACGUUGUUCUGCGGAAUCAGAAGCUAUAUAUCACAACACCUGCUACUGAGGGUCCAGCCUCACAUAUCUUCGCAGGAUAUUUUCUUCCUUUCCCUGACAAAGACUGGGGUCGCAAAGGGGAAGGACUUGUCUCGACCAUCAGCGAUGAACCUCCACAGCUGAACUGGAUAUACAUGGAUCAAGACACAUAUGCGCUCAAGUAUGGCAAUCGAAUAGAAUCCGAACCUCACAUUGUAGGACCUUGGGACUGUACGAGGAUAGAUAAAAGACUUACCCUGGAUGGUUGGGAAGGCUUUAUGGCUGUUAGGGAGGAGAAGGGUGUAUGGUCGCUCUAUUUCGACCACGACGACAACGGCUUAAAGGGAAAAGUCUCCGAGAAGAUAGUGUUGGAAGUCGAGUUGACGCGGACGGAGAGAAGGAAGGGUAGAGACGAUGAGUGA